AUGUUCUUCAUCGCCAUCACCUCGGGCCCGCGCUUCGCUCUCGUCGGGUUGUGGUACCUGUUGACGAGGAGACCCGGGCAGACGCUGCCAAAGUUCACGUUCGCCAUGGGCAUCAUGCGCACCGUCAUGUGCGGUGGCUUCACCUACGUCACUUCCACCGACGACCACGACUGGCACGACAUUUUUAUGAUCUCCUACAUUGUCGCAACCCUCCCAUGGACCAUUGGAUGCGUCCUGCUCAGCCCGCCGAACCCGCAGGCCAUCAAGUACCGCAAGUGGAUUGCCAGCACCUUCUUCGGAACCCUGGUGCCCUUGAUCUACUUCUUCAUCCAGCACAAGGUUCACCGUGUCGCCGGAGCCUACACCAUCUACGCCUUCUUCGAAUGGGCCCUCAUUCUCUUCGAUGUCGCCUUCGACGCCGUCACGGCCCUCGACUUUAGCACCUUCGAAGUGGUGAUCAAGGACGUCAAGGGGGCAAGCAAGGGUGAGAACCGAUCCUCUGUCCCGUCUGCCGUCCUGGAGAAGGAAAAGGAAAAGGCCACCGCUGGCGUCCUCACUGGCCGCUUCACCUGGGCCGAGGCCCUCGACACCGCCGCCGACGUCUACCACGGUUUCGUCUUCUGGACCAUGCUGACUGGUCUGGGAGUUUGCGUGUGGUACUUCCCACUGUGGCAUAUGGGCAUCUCCGGCUACGAGGCCUUUGUCAUGUCCACCAUUCUGCCCGCGAUUCUGGGAAUCCGUGGAAUCCGGUCCCUCGUCGUGAACAACCAGCGCAUUGUUCACCUCAUCUCGCUGGUCGGACUGCUGGCCUACAAGGUGGUCGACCCUGCCAACCGUCUCUUCACAGUCGGCUUCGCCGUCGCGACGUCCUGUCUCGCCUGGACCGCGACGCUGUGGUCCGAGAGAGCGCAUCAAAGCCGCCUCGAAUCCAGGAUUCUCGCGUGGACCAUUGGUCUCAUUGCAUCGUCCACGGCCAAGUUUAUGUGGUACACUAACAACCCUUUGUGGCCUGUCGUGCACGCCGCCAACGGAGGUUGGAACGCUACCGGCUUCGCCAUCGCCGUUGUCGCUGCGUUGCGAUUCACCCGCAGAUCGCCCCCCACCACCGGCGACUAUCCCGAGGACUCCCAGAAGGGCGGCUCAUCCAUCUUGGCUGCUUUCGGUGUCGGUGGCCUGUUCUUCGGCCUGCACUCCCUGCUGUCGGACACCAGCACCAUGAUCCUCUGGGUUUGGGACGGCUACCCGAUCCGGGGACCUACUUCCAACACGUACGGCUGGAUGACCAUCGUCGCAAUGACGGCCGGUCUCCUGAUCGGUCUCUACCGACCCGGCUUGAUGAGCUCGUGGACUGCCUACGGCAUCGGCUGCGUGGGUGCUGCGAUCCUCACCUCGUACCACCACUGGUUCGGCUACUACGGCGCGCUCACGACCGCCGUCUACCUCAUGGGUCUGUCCGUCCCGUUCCUGUUCAACGCAGCCAAGAAGAGCCCCGGAACGACGUUCGGCCUCGGCUUCUUCAUCUACAACAUCAUGGUUCUUUUCCACGUCUGGGUCGUCGCAUACGCUUUUGUGCCCGGGGGACCCCUCGUGCGCGAGCAUACUGACUGGGUCAUGAUGACCACCUUCCUGCUGAUCGGCGCCGGUGUCUUCGACCUCACGUCGUCGCAGGCCCGCCGCCGCGACACGCGCCGCUCGUCGCCGUCGCAGCACAAGAAGUACAACACAAUCGCGGCCGCCUUUGUCAACGUCGUCUUCCUCGCCGCAGCGUUCAUGCGCUUCCCCACCAACGACUACAAGCCCUACCACGCCGAGGACCGCAUCAUGACGGCCGGUAUCUGGACCAUCCACUUCUCGCUCGACAACGACAUGUGGUCAUCCGAGUACCGCAUGCGCGACCUCAUCAAAGAGCUGGAGAUCGACGUUGUCGGCCUUCUCGAGUCGGACCUGCAGCGCAUCAUCAUGGGCAACCGCGACACGACGCAGUUCCUCGCCGAGGACCUCGGCAUGUACGUCGACUACGGCCCAGGCCCCAACAAGCACACCUGGGGCUCUGCACUGCUUUCCAAGUUCCCGAUCCUCCGGUCGACGCACCACCUCCUCCCCAGCCCCGUGGGCGAGCUGGCGCCGGCCAUCGCCGCGACGCUGGACGUGUAUGGACAGGAAGUGGACGUGUUCGUUUUCCACUCGGGCCAGGAGGAAGACCCCGAGGACCGGCGGCUGCAGACGGAGUACCUCUCGAAGCUCAUGGGCGAGUCCAAGAACCCGUCGGUGCUGCUGUCGUACCUCGUGACCAAGCCGCUGGAGGGCAACUACAACACGUACGUCAGCAGCACGUCGGGCAUGCACGACGUGGACCCGACGGACUGGGACCGGUGGUGCGAGUACAUUUUGUACAAGGGCCUCAAGCGGACGGGAUACGCGCGCGUCAGCCGCAGCACCAUCACGGACACGGAGCUGCAGGUGGCCAAGUUUGUCAUCCCGCGGUCGGAGGACGAGGUGCAGCGGAUCGAGGCGGUGGACGACGAGACGCGCAACCGGCGGGUGGGCGAGGAGGAGGUGCCGCAGGGCUGGCGGUUCCCGUCCUUGUUCCGGGGCCAGGGGGUGCGCGAUCACCGGUACCACGUCUUUGACGAGCCGAGAUAUUACAAUCACUGA